UUCCCCCAAUUUCCGGUAGAAAGAAAAAUCAGAAAAUCAUUUAUUGCCCUCGCCAUAACCGCGGCGAGAUCGUUCUCGAGUUUUCCCGUAAAUUUUCGUCGGUUUCGGCGACCGGGGAGUUUCCCGCUCCCGCCUCUACUUCCAUCGAGUGUUCGCGCUUUACCCCAUACCAUCAAACCAAGCGGAAAAAAAGGAAUUUCACUCGGGAAUUUUUCACGUAGUUUGUCUAUAAACAUGGCUUUUUAAGAUGUCUGCCUCCGACCUGUACGUUGCUGCCACUCCUUUUGGAGGAGCAUCUGGCUUCCACAUCAAUUUAGCUUUUAAGACUGGACGAGAUGGAGAAAAAAGGGAACCGCACUACCCCCAACACAUCCAGGGCCUCCGCUGGCACUGAUUUAAAGAAAAACUCUGAUGUUGCAGCUGGUAAGCAAGGUUCCCGGGGUGCCUCAAGGAGAAGAGAACCACCUUGUGGUUUCUCUAAAGCCAAUGAAUCUAACAGAAAACCACAACCGCAGAGAAAUGCUAAAGUUCCUGAUAAACGCCCCAUGUCUCGUGGGGCCUACUCAGGAGGAGUUUUACCUCGAGCUGAGAAAGCCUGCUUAAAUUCCGUUGACUCAGAAUGGGGCUCAGUUUUUUCACCAGGCAGUAAAAAGCACAGCCUAAAUCAUUUGUUGAAUUUUUCAUUUGCUCCAAGAGAAAGCUACCAGAACAGUUAUCAACCUGAGAAGUCCAAUAAUGGAAAAUGGUUGGUAACGCGGAAGCAUAAAUAUAAUAAGGAGCAUUUUUUACAAGCUAAUUGCCAGUUUAUAGUCAAUGAAAAUGGGGACUACCGGCAAUAUCUCAUUAAUCCAGAUGCAUUAGUCGAUUGGGAUUUAAUAGAACAAGUGAAUGUUCAAGUAAACGAGGAGCCUUCUUGUCCAAUCUGUCUUUAUCCACCCGUAGCAGCCAAAAUGACAAAGUGUGGACACAUCUAUUGUUGGCCUUGCAUUUUACACUAUUUGGCACUGUCUGACAAGCAAUGGCGCAAAUGUCCAAUUUGUUAUGAUGCCGUUAAAAAAGAUGACUUGAAGAGCGUUGUAUCAAUCCCACACAAAACCUUUACAAUAAAUGAUCAAAUAACUUUCAAACUGAUGAAACGGCAACGUGGCAGCCUUCUGGCCUACCCCGCGGACGUCGCUCAGGUUAACUCCGAAACCACUCUACUUAAACUGUCCGAUAUGAGCAACGAUAAUAGCAGUGCCAAAUUGUUUCUGGCAAACACCGAUAAUAUCUUGGAGAUUCUUGAUAGGGAACAUGCCGAAUUAGAGGUACUUAUGGCUGAGGACGAGAGUUGCCCUGAACGGUGUUUUAUGGAGGAAGCUAAGCAAAUAUUGCUUAAAAGAAAAGACGACGUAUUAAAUAAGGCCAAACCAAAACAGUCCAGUUUGGAGGAGCAGUCAGAAUCGAAUUUGGAGAGUAAAAGUGUUAUUGGGGAAUCAGAAACUGAAGGGGCUGUGAAGUUCUUUUAUUUUUAUCAAGCCGAGGACGGACAACAUAUUUACUUACACGGAUUGAACGCUAAAAUGUUGGAACAUUCUUAUGGCUCUUUGGAAUUUGGCCCAAAAGUUCUUACCGGGCGCAUUUUAGAAAAAGAAGGCGGUUCAAUGACCGAGGAACUGCGCAAAAAACUAAGAUAUUUGCAACAUUUGCCGGUAACUUGCCAAUUUGAGGUUGCCGAAAUACAUCUCGAUGACACCGUCGUAACUCGCGAUACGUUACAGUUCUUCAAAGAGCAAGUUAACCUUAGGAAGAAAAAGAGACAGAGACGGGCCAAAGAAGAGAACAGACGCGAGAAAAAAAUCGAAGCGGAAGCCAAUAGGAGCUUGGGCAGGUUCGAGGUGCCCGAUUUACAUUUGGAGAGCAAAGAUCAUUUUCCUGAUGUCAAGGAGGCACACGACAUGUUCCCGGACUAUUUGGACAACAGAAUUAGAACCGAGUCAGAAUCGACUUUUCUUUCUAGCGAACGCAGUGGAUCGCCUGAUUUGACUUCGAGUCUCUCGAGCAUGUCGUUGGAAACCAAUUUUGGGGCGCCGCCCUCUUUUGCCACUAUGUUAACAAGCGCAAAGAAACCAUCUUGGCCGGUCUUGAAAAAAACGAAACCGACCAAUCAACCAUCGUCGACCCCCGUUAAACUGAUAAACGUAACUGGGGCUAAUAUGGCUGUGGGUACUACAGCUCGGGUUGACCAUGAAUUUGAGGAUUUCGAGCCUGUACCGGAUUUUAAUCGUAGUUUUGGGGCUGCUUUAGCGGAAGCUCUCGCUAAAGGACUCGAAGAUAGCGUCGAAUGUGUUAGCAAUGAUGCUCCAACUCCUGGCUCGAAGAAAAAGAAGAAAACUAAACAGAAACUGCUGUUCUCGACUCACAUGGCUUUUUCCUCCGGAAACUAAUACUGUUUAAUUUAUAUUUAGCGCGUUAAAAAGGCGAUUUAACUUUGAUAUGAUUCAAAAUAAUAAUCCAAAGCAAAUAAAAUAAAAAUUUGAUUUUUA